UUGCCGUCAACACUUCCGGUUUUUAGUUUCAGAGUGAAACCUGCAGCAGUGCUUCAUGUGGAGCAGCGGGAUAGGGUAAUUUUUGUCUGUCCCAAGGACGAAUAUUUCAUUCUCUGGGUGAGUGGCUUGACAAACAUGCUUAAACAAAACAACUAUUUUCACUUUGCAUCCCUUUCCCUUCCCCACCUCCCAUCGUCCCUUCUUUUCACGGGUGGAUGCACGUUCGAGUGCGGGCAUACAGAUUUUUACUUUUCUACCUUUUUACCCCGUGGCCAAUCACUGAGCAAAUUGGUGCGAUCAAGUCCCAAGUUGCCUGGUAUCGGUGCUCGCAGGACGUACAAAAAGUACGCCUUUGACAACUGCUCGAAUCCAAGUGACAGUGGGAACACCGUCAACAUUCUCUACCGAUGCUCAUUCCGAGAUCCUUUCAAUUCGGCAGCCCCAAAGGGUCUAAAUCUAUCAGAGAUGAACGUUUGGUCACCACAGGUGCCAGACACUAACCGCACAUUUGCUGCCACCUCUUCCGCCUCGCUUCCCUUCAGACGUCCGCGGUUGCUUUCAGUUGCACAGGUUGGCGGUCCAGCUAAGCGGUCGACUGGGCGAGAGGAGGGUGAGACGUUCACUCUGCUAAUAAAUGAGUUUGCAUGGUCUACGGGAACGCCAAGCUUCCAGAAAAACCGACCCGUAUACUUCACAGCUGCUAAGUCGCCGCCCAGUAGUGGCGUUGAGCGUCGAAUUCCUCGUGAUGAGGCGAUUUGUGAACGCCGAUCCAACCAACAGAGGUGCUUCCUUUCUGUUCCACCCAAGGAGGUGGUCAACUCGGAAGCGGAGGCGCAGACACAGACACUUUCCUGUAAACUUGAAGACGCAGUGACCAUAGGCACCGCCCUAGUUGUGAAUGCUGCUGCUCAGGUCAGUUUGUAUGUUCACAAAGCGUGGGUUAGGCUAACAUGA